UUCUCUCGAGUUAUUGGACGUGGUUAGCUAGCUAGCUUCACACAACACGGGAAGAAAACAAUUUGUCCGAAUUUGUGCAAAAAAAACGCCAUUUUUGACUGAGGAGAUCUUAGCAUGCUAUCCUAACCCUAACCCAACCGCCCGCUCACGCGCCCCUUCCCUUCUCUGAUGCGCGAGAGGGAAACUUUCCCACAAGCCGUGGACUUUUGAGAGGGAGAGACGCGCUCGCGCUUCCACACACACACAUAUAUACACACACGCGCAGAGCUCGCGCUCCAGCAGCAGGCACAGCUUUCCUCUUUCCACAGGGGCAGAUACAGCCGAUAGUUGGUUUUUACUUUAGUUUAACCUGAACAAUAAUGUCUUUUAUUCGACUGGUAUGCUAAAUUUGGAUACUUUUCUCAGACGGUUUCUCAAACUAAACUAACGGGGAAGGAUAAAAACAAACAAACAAACAAACCAAUUUCUGUCAAAGAUGAACAGCCAAAUGGAAAACGAGAGUAGCGAAUACAGCAACGGCUCCGAGGAAGAGGUUCGGACUCUGUUCGUCAGCGGUUUGCCGUUGGACAUCAAACCCCGUGAGCUUUACCUGCUGUUCAGACCAUUUAAGGGAUACGAAGGGUCGCUGAUCAAACUUACAUCAAAACAGCCGGUCGGCUUUGUGAGCUUUGACAGCAGAUCAGAGGCUGAAGCAGCCAAGAAUGCCCUGAAUGGAGUACGUUUUGACCCGGAGAUUCCCCAGACUUUACGGCUGGAGUUUGCCAAAGCCAACACCAAGAUGGCCAAGAGCAAACUGGUAGGGACGCCCAACCCCCCUCCGUCUCAGCAGAGCCCUGGACCGCCCUUCAUCAGCCGGGAAGCUUAUGAGCUCACAGUUCCUGGUCUGUAUCCUAGCAACCCUGACGUGUGGGCAUCAUACCCGCUGUACCCUGCUGACCUAUCACACACCCUCGCUCCCGCUUUCACCUACCCCUCCUCCCUACACGCUCAGAUCCGUUGGCUCCCUCCAGCUGAUGCUCAGGGCUGGAAGUCCAGGCAGUUCUGCUGAAAUAUGUGUUCCUUAUGUGUGAUGGUGGCUAUGGAUGGCCUUGAGCUACUACCCUCUCUUUCUCUCUUACUUUUUGUCUAUCUUUAUUUCUCUCUCUCUUUUUCUCUCUCUCUCUCUCUCUCUCUCUCUCUCUCUCUCUCUCUCUCUCUCUCUCUCUCUCUCUCUCACGCUCUCCAUUCACAAAGUCCAAACCAGGGACCUCCAGACUCACCUUCCUCAGUCAUGGACCACAGGUCACCAACUCUUCCCCUGGGUUUAAAGCGCAAAUCAAGACCAGCUCUGCCUCCAUCACACAUCCCCCUCCCCUUUCUCUACUGUUACACCACUGACACUUUCAUGGAAUGAGUGCACAUGGGCCUGCAUCUCUCUCUCUCUCUCUCUCUCUCUCUCUCUCUCUCUCUCUCUCUCUCUCUCUCUCUCUCUCUCUCUCUCUCUCUCUCUCUAAAGAGAACUUUUAGUAAUGUAUUAGAGUAUUGUUGUAUUAUAUACAUAAUUCUGACUACCGUCAUUUGAAAAUGUAACACUCUUACAUUGCCGGUCAAAAAGUUUCAGUUUUAAUUAAUUCAGUCGCUCUCUCUAGCCAGUUUUAAUAAGGGUUCCUAUAGACAACAGGACGAACAGAUAGAAUCCAUCAUGGCGGCGCUCGUUGGUUUCUCGGGAAGAAGGUGGACUGCCAAAACCCAAACAAAAUGAUACACAGUAGCAGUUAAAUACAGAGAGCUAAAUCUGUUUGGAUUUUAACUGCUUGCUCUAAGAUCCUAAUGCGACUCGAAGACAGUGCCAAAGUAGAUUAGAUCUAGAUUGUUCCAAUAAUAUAAAAGAAUUUCUCAACAUUAAACACUAAACAUUUAAUAAACAUUUCUCGAGUCAGUAAACGUUUAACAAUAAACAUUUCUCGAGUCAGUAAACAUUUAAUAAACAUUUCUCGAGUCAGUAAACAUUUAACAAUAAACAUGUCUCGAGUCAGUAAACGUUUAACAAUAAACAUGUCUCGAGUCAGUAAACGUUUAACAAUAAACAUGUCUCGAGUCAGAAAACACGCUAAAAUAUUGUUGUUUAAAUCCUUUUUUCUGGCAGUGACGCUCCAUGCUCGGGCUGAUCAGAUCUCAGUCAGGUUGUGUGUGUGUGUGUGUGUGUGUGUGUUCAGGAUGCAGGCCAUAUGUGUCACUUCCUUCCAUGUAAAUGUUGUGGUUGUGUAUUAAACAAUAUUAUCUUUAUAACCUAUAUUAUCAUAGUUGUUGCUAUUUACACUGAUUAUAAUUAGCAAACUGCGAUCAAGUUGAAGCAUGACCUUAUCCGAAUUAUGAUGCUGUACAUUUUUAGACCUUUUGAAGAUGAAUACAGAAGUAUUUUUAUAAUCAGGUGAAUGUUUUCAGUGUGUGUGUGUGUGUGUGUGUGUGUGUGUGUUGUGUAUGGGUGUGUGUGAGGAUUUCAAUAUGUUUUACUUUCCUGCUUCAUUCCAGCUGCCAAAGACAAUCAGGAUUUAUCUGAUAAAAUGACUUCCUGUCUAAUAAUAAUGGUACAUAUGGUAUAUUACAAAACCAAAGACUUGCAGUACUUGUACGUGCGCUGAUCAUCGGUUACACCACUAUAUAUAUACAUCGUUAUACCGUGAUCUUUUCAGGAAAAGAUCUUCUUUUUCUUUUUUCUUUUUUUUUGUCUGUCGAUGUCCAUAGACCCAGGUGGUAAAGGGAAGUUCAUUGCAAUUUGACCUUUUUGAGGUGAAAUGACCCAAAUAAAAACACUUCCCUGUGACACAGUAUUGAAACUUGCUUUCCUCAAUUAGCAGAUAAUCCACACGCCUGAUACAGACAGCAAGUCGACCAGAAUUAGCAAGUAUAACAACAUCGACGUUAAAUAAGACUAAAUAUAGAAGCAGACGUACACUGUGCAGAUGAUGUUAUUAUCCUCAGGUCCAGUCUUUACAUCUUUACAUCUGAAGACGCCUUCAUGUUUUUCUUCUUAUUUUAUCCUAACAGAUUGUGGAAUUCGGAUUGUUGUAGCCAUCAUUCAAACAAAAGCUCCUUAUUAAAUGGAUUGCAAAGAUUUCAGCGUUAACCAUUGCUGUGUAUAUUAAUCAUCAGGUGACGAUUUUGAGAUUCUGUUCGGAGUUUUUACAAGUCAGAAACUUCGAUUAUUGUAAUUAUGUGACAUGAACAUGUUGCAAGAAAGGCUUCAGCUCAGGAAACCACACACAAGUAGGGCAACACUAUCGGGACAAAAAACACCACCACACCGUUUCAGGUUAAUUGCCAUUUUAGGGCCAUGUAAAAAAAUUAAUAAAUAAAAAAUUGAUGAGUGGCAGUUUUAGAAAACCUUUUGUAGAUGAUUUCUACUAUAAACAGUGCUGAAAAGUUUCUUUGUGGCCCCGAAGAACUUUUUACACCCGGGCAACUUCCUGUCACAUCCUGCCCUCAAGUCCUGUCAGAAGUAUCAUGAUUACCAGAUGACCAACACAAUGUCAUAAUCGCAACUCGGGAAAUUAUUGUAUGAGCUUUCUGAAUCGUGGGUGUGGCAAGUUACUUUAAAAAAAAAAAAAAAAGUAAUGGCCCCCACCAAUAUAAUUUAAUGUGACCCCUACAGCAGGUGGUUCUUUUGACUUCUCGUCACUGAUGAUACAAACAAACAAUUCCACGCAUCGUAAAUUUUCUUUCCGACCAAAACCACUUGAACACGCACCACGUCGUAAUCCUGACCCCUGAACUCGCACGCACACGUUUCUGAAGAGAAUUUGACGGCAGCAUUAGCCCUGGUGUUUAUAAAAUCUAAAUAUAGUUCUAUGUUUAUGUUUCACUGUUCUGGUGCUACUUUACUUCAGUAGCCAGUUCGACUUAAAUCUUUUACACUGCUCCGUUUUUAGACCUACUAAGGUGGCGUAAUAAGUGACCUAAUAAGGUGCUGAGACGGCGUGAUCUGGACGUACAAAGCUGUGGGUCCUGGGUAUGUGUGUGUUGUGCAUGGUUGUGGCAUGUUUCUUUUUGAUUUCUUCAUUUUCUUAGAACGUCGGACUGUUACCUGAUCCCGUGCGUGUGUUUUGGAAGCAGAUACUGUAUAAAAACGUUGUUGUGUGAAAACAAUAAAGAUUUUUAUACACAUGUAAGAUCA